GCAUCCCGGUGCAGGUGUUCGGCCGGUCGGACGGGCUUCUUCACGCCACUCGGCCGGUUAAUCAAAAAGAAGGCUAAGAACGACGUCGAAAAGAUCUUCCAUGGAUUUCUCCAAAACAAGAGACGACCUCGCCGUCUCUUCGAUGAGCUAUUUCUGUACUGGAACCUCGCUGAGACUGACCGAGUCCUUUGAAGAACUCGAAGAGGUUUCCAUUUUCCUCUCUUGUUUUUUGGUUUUAGCUUUUUAAAUGGAUUCCUGAAAAUUCAGGCAACUGAAGAAGUUCUAAUUGUUAAUGGAAAGUGAAAUCACACUCAAAAUAGCAAGAAAAUAGGACAAAACUACUGUAAUGCUGCCUGGAAGGAAAGGAGAGUAAUUAACUCAAUGUGUUGGAUUAAGAGUCUUUGUUUUUAUAGUUCGGAGAGUAUGUUUUGACUGCAGGAUUUAAUGGUUUCCGAUUUUUGUCCAAGAAUUAGGUUCAAGAUUGUGGAGAGCUUACGCGAAGAUAUAUUUUCAGGAAAGCUUAAAUUAGGAACUGAAAUAAAGGAAACCAGCUGUGAUUAUGAUUGUCGAUGCCAAUGGAGGUGGGAAGACAACAUCUCUUGGAAACACUCCAAAAAAAUUGUGGUAACGGGUCAGAGUUACUCAACUAGGUUCAAUAAAUAAAGAAGAUAGCCCACCCACAUUUCUUUUGACAAAAUUUAUGUAUAAACGAGUUAGCUCUUGGUGAACACAUUGAAGUGAUAUAUCCACAUUCUUUUCAAGGUCUGUGGUAUGGUAUCCACCAGGUUAUGAUAGUGCAUGCAACCUCAUAGAUUGUAAUGCUGUGGGUCUUGGCUUAGGUUUUAAAGAUACUGAAUGAGGGAAGCUGGCCCAUGGUCUAAAGAAGGGAGAUGCAAUGGUGAGCUGAUAAAACUUUGCACAUUGCUUUUGGUGCAAUGUCACGAUCCUCCACCUUUUACCUCAUAUACCGUGUUGUUUGAGAUUGCGGCAGAUACUGAUGGCAGCAGGUGACACAUUCAGAGCAGCUGCUAGUGAUCAACUAGGAUAUGGGCUGGGAGGACUGGGUGUGAGAUUGUUGUUGCUGAACGAGAGAAUGCCAAAGCAUCAUCAGGUAGAUUAGUAGAAGAUAUGAUGAAAAUCAUUCCUUUUGGGACCAAAAGGGGUGGGGUGCAGAUAUCACACGAACUUUUUCAUGCUGCUCACUUUAUUAGACAGUGAAAACUAAAUUGUUCGGUACAACUUCUAACAUGUGAUCAUAAAGUGCUUUCUGAGUAGUUCUUUCACAGGCAGUGAAAGGAGGGAAGGAGGAAGGUUUUGAUGCUGUCUUGGGUGAUACGUCAGGACAUAAGUAUUGAGACCUUUUGUGUGAUUGGCUCUUAGUGUAUUUUGAUUGUGGCUCUAAAAUGCAGCUUCCUUUUUAUCCAAUUAUUUGUUUAUCUUCUCAGGUCUUCACACUAAUUUCGGAUUGAUGGUGUGUAAGCAGGCUGUAGGCAAAGUUGUUCAUGGUGCACCUAAUGAGAUUCUGUUAGUUUUUGAUGGGAAUACUGGUUUGAAUUCGCUUCCACAAGCAAGAGAGUCAAUGAGGUAGUUGGAAUAACUGGUUUGAUUUUGACAACAUUGGAUGGUUCUGCUAGAGGCUUAUGUGUGGUAUCUUGCGGUUUUUACUUUACAUUUUUUUGCUCUCCUUUUUUUUUGUGUGUGGAUGCGGGUUUCAAUUUUGCUCUUGAUUGAGCCAACACAACAAUGGAUUCCAAAAUUGGUGUGUGAAAUAUUUUUUCAUUAUUUGUGUUGUUAAAGUUAGCCUGUCUUCUUGGGCAGGUAAGUGUAGUUGGCGAGCUUGGCAUCCCUGUAAAGUUUAUUGGUGUUGGUGAAGGUGUAGAGACCUCCAACCCUUUGAUGCAGAGGCAUUCGUUAAUGCCAUAUUUUCAUGAGUAAUAUGAUCAGUGUGAAUCAGAGGGAAAUUUAUGUUGAAAAUUCAGCUCUUGCAGAACAGCCAGUUUUCUAGAUAAAAGGUUCAAGGCAUGCAUCUGAUGAGUGCUAAGGCUGCUUUCUUGUCACCAUUUAGGCAACCAAGCUUAAACCGACUUGAAGAAGUUGCUUGUGGAACGGUUGUUGUUCAUCUUCUGUCCAAGAUUCCUGAGUUUUUUGGCUGACAUACAUGAUCAUUGGGGUAAGCUAAUCUUGCCUCACUUGAUGAAUUACAGGCUCACUAAUUUAAAAUGUAAUUUUCAAUUAAAAGCUGAUACUAAUCAGAAAAAAAUGGUCAUAGAUUAAUCUUUCUUUUUAUUUGCAUCCCAAUAUGUCAAUAUUUUUUUGUUC